GUCAGUCACAGUGUCAGUGUCAGUGUCAAAUCUAAAAACAAAGUAUGAGUAAUAACAACUGGAAUUUAUAAUUUAUUGUACCUAAUUAUCAUCCUAUAAAAAUUUACAACGAAUAUUUGAAGGUGUUUUCAUCGAAAAAACAAUAUAAACAUUUUAAAUUUUGGUAGUAAAUUGUUCAAUAAAUAUUAUAAAUCAACAUGUUCAAUUUUUGGUCAAAACCUGAUCCAAAAGAUGAACAGAGAGAAGUGGAUAGGUCAUUAAGAAAAGUAGGAAGGGAUAUUGAAAGAGAUCGCAGACAAUUAGAAAGAGAUGAGCAAAAAUUGGAACUAGAAAUUAAGAAAUUAGCAAAGAGUGGAGAUGCGGCAGGUUGUAGAAUAUUAGCAAAACAGUUAGUGCAGCUUCGUAAACAGAAACAACGAACAUAUACAGCUGGCAGUAAAGUACAAGGAAUAGCGUUCCAGAACAAAGCUAUGGGAGCUAAUGUUAAAUUGGCAAAUGCGAUGGGCACAGCAGGAAAGACGAUGUCAGAUAUGAACAAAAUUAUGAAUCCUGAAGAAUUAUCAUCUACUCUUAAUGCAUUCUCUAGAGAAAAUAUGAAAAUGGAGAUGACAGAUGAAAUGGUGAAUGAUACUUUAGAUGACAUGCUAACAGAAUCAGGAGAUGAAGAGGAAAGUGAUAACAUUGUUACCCAAGUAUUAGAUGAGAUUGGCAUUGAAGUCAGUGGAAAGAUGGCAGGGGCACCGUUACCAGAGACUGGCAAGAUAGGACAAGGUUCCAAAUCUAAAGGAAUGAGCGAUGAGGACAUUGAGGCUCAACUGGCUAAGCUAAGAGGUUAAAAGCCACAUUUCUGACUGUAUAUUAUCCGAAUCCGGCCUUAUUGUAGAUGAAAUUACUUUCAAUGUGAAUCUUUGUUAUUUUUAUAGUAAAUGCACAGUGUAUAUUUUAAUCGUUGAAUACUUCUUGUAAAUACUUGUUAUAUUUUUGCAGUUGAUUAUUGUAACGUGGUUCAUGCUUGAUGUAAAAUGUUCAUAUUCUGAAUCUACAAAAUAUGUUAUGAUAUGAAAAUAUGAAUGAAGUGAAUUAGGUUAGUUUACAAAAUAUAACUUGGUUGUUUGGA